AUGCGUCUAUUGCUUUCUUUGCAGUCUCCCCCAGGGGCCAUUCAGGAAGCCGUGGAGGUAGCUUUAGAUGCUGGAUAUCAGCACUUCAACUGUGCUUAUUUUGACCAGAGCAAGGCCGAGAUCGGAGAAGCCUUUAAAAGGAAGAUGAGGGAAGGGAGGCUGAAGAGAGAUGAACUUUGUGUCGUGAGCAAGCUGUGGAACAGCUUCCACGCCCCACAGGAUGUGAAGCCAGCUUUCCUGAAAAGCCUGACGAUGCUGAAGCUGGAUUACCUGGAUCUCUAUCUCAUGCACUCUCCAAUGGGCUUUCCGAAUAUCAACGGGGUGCUCAUGCCUCAGAAAGACAGCUUGCUUCUGCAGUCGGAUGUGGACUACGUGGACACCUGGAGGGCGAUGGAGAAGCUGGUGGACGAAGGCCUGGUGAAAUCGAUGGGGGUUUCCAACUUCAACGUCUCCCAGCUGGAGAAGCUGCUGUCCGUGUGCAGGAUCAAACCUGCCGCCAACCAGGUAGAGCUGCACCCCUACCUGACCCAGCCCGAGCUGGUGGAGUACUGCAAGUCUAAGGGGAUUGUCCUCAUCGCAUACAGUCCCUUCGGCUGCCCUGCCCUGCCCUGCCAUGGUAACCCUUCGGGGGAGAACAGCCCUGUGCCCCUCCUGGAGAAUCCCACGGUGAAGGAAAUCGCUCAGAAGCAUGGCAAAACCAGCGCUCAGGUUCUCAUCCGCUUCCACAUUCAGAGGGGCAUCGCCACCAUCCCGAAAAGCAUCACCCCGGCCCGCAUCCUGGAGAACACAGAGGUAUAUGACUUUCACCUGACACACACCGAAAUCCAGACGCUGGAAGGACUAGACUGCAACACGCGAUUUAUUAAAUGGAACCUGCUGGGGAUGGAGACACACAAACACUUCCCAUUCAGUGACAAGUAA